UCUUACCCCACUUUUAUUUAUAAAUAUCUUAGAGAAUUAAGGAGACUUUAUUUGGUAUAUUUAUAUACAUUGUAGCCAGCUUGUUUUAAUUCGAUGUUUUGAUGAAAUACUUCCAGAUACCAGUAACUAAAAUGAAUAAAAAUAAACAAGGUGAGUUGCACAAAUGUGGUGAUUGCGAUAAAAGUUUUCGUUUAGUUAGUCAACUCAGAAAACACCAAAACACACACACUGAAGAACGACCACAUAAGUGUGAAAUAUGUAGCAAGGUGUUUACUAUGAAUGGUAAUUUGAGACGCCAUUUGCGAUUGCAUAUUCCUGAUGAGCAGAGUAAGUUGCACGAAUGCGAUAUUUGUGGUAAACGAUUUCGUCGGAGUGGUCAACUCAAAGACCAUCAAGUGACACACAGUGGAGAACGACCACAUAAGUGUGAAAUUUGUGGCAAGGGAUAUACACAGAACAGUCAUUUGACAAACCAUUUACGAUUGCACUUUCCGGAUAACCCACAAAAUAAACAGAAAUGUGAAAUUUGCGGGAAAGUACUCAGCGAUGUGUGGAAUAAAACUAUUCAUAUGAGACAACAUACAGGAGAAACACCAUAUAAAUGCGAAGAAUGUGGAAAGGGCUUUUGCCACAGUAGUAAAUUGAGAAAACAUAUGAUUCGACAUAUGAAGACAUUUGUGUGUGAAAUUUGUGGACGGUCUUUCGUUUGUAAGUCACACCUUUCUGACCAUAUUCUCACUCAUACAAAGGAAAAACGAUUUAAAUGUACCAUUUGCGAUAAGUUUUUUGCACGCAAAAGUAAUUUAAAGUUGCAUAUGAGAAGACAUACUGAUGAAUAUCAAUUCAAAUGUGAAAUAUGUGGUAUCAUCAAGGUGCAACAAUGCGAACUGAAUAUUCAUAUGCGUACACACACAGGAGAAAAACCGUUUAACUGUAAAUUGUGUGGGAGAUCAUUUAGUCAACAAAGCAGUCUGAACACUCAUUUGCAAUCGGUACAUUCCAAGAAAAAGUCUUAUGAAUGUGAGAUAUGUGGGAAGAGAUUCGCCGUACAAACAUAUGUCAACGUUCAUAUAGAGGAAACUCAUUUGAAAUGCAAAAAUAUAUCAAAUACAGACAAAGUUGGACAGGAACCAACUAAUCACGUGUAUUCGGAAUGCUCCGUUAUUCCUAAUAAGUUUGAUCAAAACGAAAAGAUAAUACAGAAUGAAUUACAAACGCCCCAAGUAAUUGAUAUCAAAGAAGAGUUUCAUUCGGGAUCUUAUCACGAAUAACUUCCCGUGAUAGGACUUCCCUCGGGAACAGUAAUUUUUGACACACAACUGGGGUACCGGUAUUUGAAGUAGAGCCUGGGUCGACUAAUAAAAUUUGAAAUUUUUUCUUGGUUGGAGUUGAUAGUCGUUUUCCACCACGAAUCCUACUUUUGGAACAUUCAACAGCACGAUUUUAACUCAACCAACCUAGACGGCAAAAAUUUUUUUUUUCUGUGUAUAUAAAAUAUUUUUUCAUUAUUGAUUAGAAAUGAAUCUUAAAUUGAAACGAAUAAUAAAUGAUGUGUUUAUGAAUAUUGUCAAUAACAGUCGGAGUGAUAAACAUGAAUUUUGUGAGAACUAUAAUUUGUAAUGUGGCUGUUAAUCGGAGAUGAAUACCGGUAUGAAAAUUGUGUUUUAACGUUAUACUUUGCGUUAGUUCAUCAUUCUUUACAAUCAGGGGAAAAAAUUUGAUCACAUUAAACUUAUUCCUAAACAAACGCUCAACACAACGGAGACUGUAAAUUUAGAUGUUUGUUAAAAUAUUUGUAUCUGACGUGCCGAG